AUGCCCCCCGCUCCCCUCUCCCAGACGAAGCAGAAGAUGCUUCGCGGGGAGAUGUACCACGCCUUCAUCCCAGAACUCGUGGCAGACCGUGGCAGAGCUAAGGCAGCCAUGAGGCGCUACAACGCUGCCGUAGGAGAGGUAUCGCGGCGAGAGGAAGUUCGCCUCUGGAGAGAAGUAGUAGGCGACACCACACCUCUACCCCCAGAGCUACCUGAUGCUGCAGAAGACGAGGCACAAUUUGAAGAUGACCCAAUAGUAGACGUCCCUGUGUUGGUGGACUAUGGCACACAGGUCAAGCUGGGCAAAGGAGUCUUUAUCAACUGCAACUCGACCUGGAUUGAUACCUGCCCCAUCACCGUCGGUGACCGCACCAUGUUCGGCCCCAACGUCUCAUUGUAUAGUGGCAAACAUCCGCUCGAGCCAGAGAUCCGCAACGGCAUCAAGGGUCCAGAAUCUGGCGCACCAAUUACUAUUGGAGAGGACUGUUGGAUUGGCGGAAGCGCCAUCAUUUUGCCAGGAGUGACCAUUGGUCGAGGUUCGACUGUGGGCGCUGGAAGUGUGGUCACCAAGGACGUGCCACCGUUUCACGUGGUUGCAGGCAAUCCUGCACGCAUUAUACGCAAGAUAAAGUCCACAUUGGAUCCGGAGCAGAACGAGUCGUAG